GGGGGAAAAUCAGCUGAGGAUUACAUAACAUCUCACAUAUAGGGGUGAGGGGGACAUUCUCGUGCCUAGUGAGUUUGUAGGCAUUUCCAUGUGCAGGCAAAAAAGGAUUCCACUAUUAUUAUUGUUCCGGCUACAGUGUAACGGUACAGGGCCUGGUAUAAAAGGGUCAAGAGUAAACCAGUGUGUACAGAGAUUGAUACAGUAGUUGGUUUCUCGGUCAGUGCUGAGGGGUGUAACGCUGAGCUACUAUAUGCAUCAUGUCGGGAGUGAGUCUUUGUAGUGUGGUGGUCACAAUACUACUGGUGCUGGUAGUAGGCGUGCCUGUUAGCCGAGCAGACAACAAUUCUACUGACCCACGUGGAUCGGACGUCAACACUACAAAGACGGUGAUAGCAGUGCCGUGUGUGAUGGUGGUACUUGUAGCAGCAGUAGCAGUCAGUUCUGGUGCCUCCAUUGCAUUAGUCUGGAGACGGAGGCAGAGGAGAAACGCUCCGGUCUUCCUCGGGAGCUGCCGGCGAAUCAACACCAUUCACACAGAGACAGUGAACGAAGGUCUCCAGGCUCUAGAGAGAGCGAGAGCAAAGCACAAUCGCACCAACCACUCCUCACCCAGUACACAACACCGAGAGGAGGAGGAGGAGGAGAGAGAAGUUAGUGCUCAUGGACAUGGUCACUCAGCUGUAACCCCAGCUAGUCUGAGAAUCUUCAGCCAGCACAGCAGUCAGAGAGAGACCAGCCAAGAUUGGAACAGAGGUCAUCAGAACAGUUACGAGAGGGGCGACAUGCACAAUAGCUACGGCGAACUGUCUUGCGCCCUGUCACUCUCUCGAACCUACACCUGCCCCAAUGUUCCAACAGACUUGAACAAUCGCCACUUUUCCACCGGGAGCAGUGCCCCAUGCCUUUCUGCUUCCUACUUCCAACCUCUCCCAUUAGCAAAAGAAGGGACUGGAGAUGAUGAGAUAGGGGAGAUGUGUCCUCCUCUCACAGUUGUUGAUGUUGGAGCUAAUGAGUCACCGAGGUAUAUGCACCUGAGUCCGCUAACAAUGGAGGAACCCAGCCAGUAUGAGAGUCUGGCAAAGGCAAGAGCA